UAGCCAUAAAUGGGAUGGAAGGGCAGCUGCAUUCCUUUACAGAUAGAUAUUAUUUUUGUUUUCAUCAGUCUGAGCCUGGUUAGUUGGUUAACACAGAUCCUGCUCUUCUCUGCAUUGAAGGUUUUAUUUCUUCCUCCUCUGCUUUAAGGAACAGCUGGCAUAAUGUCAUCAAAGGUUGUUCCUUUCUAUCAGAAGAAGCAGAAGCAUUAUGACCAGUCCUAUCGUAAUCUCCAAACCAGAUAUGUAGUUCAAGAGUAUUCAGCACAAAAAAGAAGUGCCUCGUCAUCUACCCAGAGAACAGCAUCAUCUUCAUCUUCAUCUCUAGGAAGAACAAGAUGCAUUUGUGGGGCUGAUAAAAUUUCUCAGGAAUAUUAUGUCCCUACGUUUCAGGAAAGGAAACAAGAACAGCAUGCAGAACAACACGUUGAACAACGCCGGGGCUAUGACAGAGCUGCACAUUACUCAACAGAGCUGUCCUUUCUGCAAGAAGAUGUCCGUUUGGCCAGAGCCUUAGCACGUGAACAGAUUGAUAAAGUUUCCAUACAAAGGAUGGUAGAAGAAAAGCUGUCAUUGCAGAGACGUAUACAUGAAGAGUGUAUUACCCGAGCUCCAGAUAUCUUGGUACGGCUCAGAUCCCACACUGUUUGGGAAGGAAUGUCCGUGAAACUUUUCUUCACUGUGCAAGGCUAUCCAACCCCAAUUGUACAAUGGUAUAAAAAUGAAUCAUUGGUAAGCCCAGCAAGUGAACCAGGAAAGUACAGAAUUGAAAGCAAAUAUGGAGUAAACAGCUUGGAAAUAUACAGAACUGAGUUUAAUGACACUGCUACUUACACAGCUGUGGCAACAAAUGUCCACGGUCAGGCAUCUACAAAUGCAGCAGUUGUUGUAAAAAGGUAUAGAGAUGAAGACACUCUUCGUUCUGUUAUGCUGCCACUAGGCUUGCCUUUGACAGCUGCAAUAUCUUUCACACAUAUUGAUGUUCAGUUUUUGGAGAAGUUUGGUGUAACAUUUGGAGUUGAAGGUGAAACAGUCACUUUGUCCUGUUCUGUGUUGUUAACUCCUGAUAUAAGUAGAUUACGACCUGAAGCAGAAUGGUAUAGAGAUGAUGUAUUAGUCAAAGAAUCCAAGUGGCACCAACUGCAUUUUGGAGAGGGCCGUGCUACUUUGACAUUGACACAUCUCAAUAAGGAUGAUGAAGGCUUGUAUACUGUAAGAAUGGUCACACGAGGAGGGGUCAGUCAACACAGUGGAUUCCUUUUUGUGGCUGAUGCUUCUGCUUUGGUGGCUGGAGCACCAGGUGCACCAAUGGAUGUUGAAUGUCAUGAUGCUAAUAAAGAUUAUGUGAUUGUUACAUGGAAACCACCGAACACAGCCAGUGAGGCCCCCGUCAUUGGGUACUUUGUGGACAAGUGUGAAGUGGGUACUGACAAUUGGAUACAGUGCAAUGAUUCUCCUGUAAAGAUCUGCAAAUAUCCUGUAACUGGACUGUUUGAGGGACGCUCCUACAUCUUCCAUGUGAGAGCGGUCAAUAAAGCUGGUGUAAGCAGACCUUCCAGAGUCUCUAUUGCAGUCGCUGCCCUUGACCCUGCUGAUUUAUCCAGGCUACAAACAAUUCAUCUGGAUGGAGGAAGAGAAAUCGUUAUCUGUCAGGAUGACUUAGAAGGUGAUGUUAAAAUCCCUGGUUCUCCUACCAAUGUUCAAGCUUUGGAAUCCAGCAAAACAUAUAUUGUGCUUAGCUGGGAUCCACCUGUUCCCCGUGGUAGAGAUCCACUAGUUUACUACAUUGAAAAGUCAAUGGUUGGUAGUGGAAGUUGGCAAAGAGUCAACUCACAAAUCCCAGUAAGAUCACCACGCUAUGCAGUAUUCGAUUUGGCAGAAGGAAAAUCAUAUAAUUUCCGAGUAAUUGCAGUUAACAAGCAUGGUGUUAGCGAGCCAUCUGAAGUAACACCACCCAUACAAGCACAGGAGCGCUUGGCUGUGCCAUCUGCUCCUGGUCGUAUAUUGGCAUCGAGAAAUACCAGAACAUCAGUUGUCGUACAGUUUGAUAAACCAAAACAACAAGAAGAAUUAAUUGGAUACUAUAUUGAUUCCUCAAUAGUGGGAUCCAAUCACUGGGAUCACUGCAACCACAAACCUAUUAAAUAUAACAGAUUUGUUGUUCAUGGUUUAACAAAUGGAGAAAAGUACAUUUUCCGUGUAAAAGCUGUUAAUGCAGUUGGCUUCAGUGAAAAUUCUCAGGAAUCUGAAGCAAUAACUGUUAAAGCUGCUCUCACCACUCCAUCUUUUCCGUAUGGCAUUACACUUCUAAACUGUGAUGGUCAUUCCAUGAUAUUGGGUUGGAAAGUGCCUAAAUUUACUGGAGGAUCCUCUAUUACUGGAUAUUAUAUUGAUAAACGGGAAGCUAAUCAUCUUAACUGGCAUGAAGUUAAUUCCCAUGAAGUUAAGGAAAGAAUUUUCAAGGUGGAUGACCUUUCAGAGAGUUCUUACUAUGAAUUUAAAAUCACUGCAAGCAAUAUUGCUGGGCUUGGUCUCCCAUCUGAUCCAAGUGAACAUUUUAAAUGUGAAGCAUGGACCAUGCCUGAACCAGGACCUUCUUAUGACCUUACCUUCUGUGAAGUGAGAAACUCCUCCCUGGUAAUCCUCUGGAAGGCCCCUAUCUAUACUGGAAACAGUCCUGUUACUGGGUAUUUUGUUGAAUACAAAGAGCUGGAGGCAGAACACUGGACAAGAGUAAAUGAAACAGCAACUUCAAAUCGCUACCUAAAGGUGAAGGAUUUGGAAGAAGGAAAGACAUAUGUUUUCCAAGUGCGUGCGGUGAAUGCAUCAGGAGUUGGCAAAGCUUCUGAUGUUUCAGAACCAGUCCUUGUGCAGUCAAGGCCAGGAACACAGGAGAUCAGUGCUAGCGUGGAUGAAGAAGGCAACAUUUAUCUUGCCUUUAAUUGCCCUGAAAUAUCUGAAGCAUCUCAGUUUACUUGGUGUAAAUCAUAUAAAGAGAUCGAUGACGAACAUAAAUUUAAUGUUGAAUCAAUUCUGGAAAACUCUAAACUAUACUUUAAAAACCCAGAGAAAGAGGAUAUAGGAACCUAUUCAAUAUCAGUCAGUGAUACUGAUGGAAUUUCAUCUAGUUUUGUUAUGGAUCCAGAUGAACUUGAACGUUUGAUGGCUCUUAGCCAUGAAAUAAAGAAUCCAACUAUACCCUUGAAAUCAGAAUUAGCCUAUGAGAUACUAGAAAGAGGAAAGGUUCGUUUCUGGCUUGAAGCUCAGAAUUUGUCUGCUGAAACAAAUUACAGAUUUGUUGUGAAUGAUAUGGAAGUUAAGAAUAGUGAGAGCCACAGGAUUAAUUUUGAUAAAUCCACUGGCGUUAUUGAAAUGGUGAUGGACAGGUUUACUAUUGAAAAUGAGGGAACUUACACUGUACAGAUUCAAGAUGGAAAAGCCAAGAAUCAAUCUUCAUUAGUUAUUAUUGGAGAUGCAUUCAAGGCUCUUUUGGCUGAGGCGGAAUUUCAGAGGAAGGAAUACAUCAGAAAACAAGGCCCGCAUUUUCUUGAGUAUUUAUACUGGGAUGUUACAGAGGAAUGUGAAGUUGAAUUGGUGUGCAAGGUAGCUAAUAUUAAGAAGGAAACUGUAUUUAAAUGGUUCAGAGAUGAUAUUCCAACUGAAGCUGAAGAUCUUCCUGAUUUGCAACAAGGCAUAUGCAAAUUUCGGAUUCCAAAGAUGUCUAAGAAAGAUCAAGGUGUUUACAAGGCAACAUUAAAAGACGAUAGAGGUGAAGAUGUGUCAAUCCUUGAUGUUUCUGGAAAAGUUUAUGAAGAUAUUGUAUUAGGAUUGAGCAAAGUAAGCGGAUCAUCUGCUUCUGAACUAAAGAUCCAAUGUACAGCUGAAGGAAUCAGAUUCCACUGUUUCAUGAAAUACUACACUGAAGAAAUGAAAGUAUCCUGGUAUCAAAGAGAAUCAAAGAUUUCUUCAAGUGAAAAGAUGAGAAUCGGAGGCACAGAUGAAUACGCUUGGUUGCAGAUUUGUGAACCUACUGAAAAAGACAAAGGAAAAUACACCUUUGAGAUAUUUGAUGCUAAAACAUCUUAUAAACGUGUAGUUGACUUAUCAGGACAAGCUUUUGAUGAAGCCUUUACUGAAUUCCAGAGGCUUAAAGCUGCAGCCUUUGCAGAGAAAAAUCGUGGUAAAGUCAUUGGUGGCUUGCCUGAUGUGGUAACUAUAAUGGAAGGCAAGACACUGAAUCUUACUUGCACAGUAUUUGGAAAUCCUGAUCCUGAAGUGACCUGGUUGAAGAAUGACAGAGAUUUAGAAUUCACUGAACAUUUUAGUAAAACACUGGAACAAGGAAAAUAUGCCAGCCUUACAAUCAAAGAUGUGUCUUCUGAAGACUCUGGAAAAUACGGCAUUAAUGUUAGAAACAAAUAUGGUGGUGAAACAGUGGAUAUAACUGUAAGUGUUUACAAGUAUGGUGAAGAAUUACCUGAAGUAAAACCUACCCAAUUCACUAAACCUGCACCCCCUGCACCAGCAGCUACUUCAGCACCCAGCAAGUCUACUGCACCUGAAAAGGCUAAACCAGCCGCUAAACUGGGAAAAUCUAAAAAGUAAAAAAAUAAAAUAAAAAAAUAAUGUAUUUGAAGGUAAAUUAGAUUAUUUUUGUGGGUAAGCUGUUGUGCUGUUACAUUAAAUUUCUAUGAGGUUAUAAAUGUAUUUGCUUAGCACUAUAAUGUUCUCCUUUUUAUUUAGUUUAAAGUUGCUGUUUUAGUUGCAGUGAAAAGUAAUCUAAACAUGUUUAAAAAAAUCAGCAGUUGUGGUGACUAAAAGUCUUGUAUUUCCAGCCCCUAAAACUUCCCACACACACUAGUUAUAAUGAUUUGGAACUUAAUUGCUUAUAUAAGAUUAUUAAAUUGUAUUAAUGCCUGAAAAGGAAUUGCCAAAAGUCACUCAAGGUGAACAAACUUGAUGAAAAGUAAAUUAGUUUCAAGCAGACAAACAAAUAUUUUCAAGUUUAGCAGAUUGCCUCAUCCUUACAAACCAAAGUUAAUUACUCAAUUAAUUAUGUCCACUAUUCAUUUAAAAAUGUCAUAUUUAAAUUUGCUAAGGCAUUAUUGUUUGUUAUUUUCAAGGACAGUAUGGAUAUUUUUACCUGAUGGUAUCUGUCAUGAUUUGAUAGCCUCUAGUGUUCUGUAAUACCUCCUAGAAGAAAAUGAGGAAAUGUCUUAGUUUACUGUUGCUAGUGUUAUCUCAGUGUAAGUGAGAAAAAAAAAACAUCAAACUAAUUACAAAUUAGCUAUUGCAAAACUUUAUCUGUUCCUCUGCCAACCAAUGUGUAUUUUCUCAAGGUGGAUUUAAUUCAAAGGUUUAAUUUAUUCUUAUCUGCUAGUAAUAUAAUAUAAACCAGUGAGAAAUAGCACACGGCACCCAUGGAUUUUAAUAGAAGCAAAAUAGCCCAUAGCUAAGAUUACUACAUGUUUUAUUGCCAUAUAAACCAAUAAUAGAUAUCAGAUUUGUAUGUAUGUAUGAAUAAUUUCAAAUUAGAUUUUUUUCCUACUGCAAGUAAUAAUUUGUGGUAUCAAAUUGGAAUCUUCUAAAGUUGUUUCCCUUGCUUUGUGCUAAUAAACUCUACAAAUCA